AUGAGCGGUGCGGUGAGCGCGGCGGGCGUCCAGGACGUGCUCGGGGCGCUGCAGAAGCUGUAUAGCGACCCAGAUCCCCAGGCAAAGAGUGCCGCAAACGAGGCGUUGCAGCACUUCCAAAAGACGCAAGAGGCAUGGAACACGGCCAACACACUUCUUCUUGCGCAGGAGCUGCCGCUCGAGUCGCGGCUCUUUGCCGCGCAGACCUUUCGGUCGAAGACGACGUUUGACUUGGAGCAGCUGCCGAUCGAGGCGCAGCUCGCACUGAAGGAUACGCUGCUCGACGCGCUCGUCCUUUAUGCCCAGGGGCCGCGUGUCGUGCAGACGCAACUGUGCCUCGCAUUGGCCGGCCUCGCGCUCCAGAUCCCAGAGAGCCAUUGGGGUAGCGUGGUGCCGGGCAUGAUUGAGCGGUUCGGAGGGUCGCCGGACACGGUCGGUGUCCUCCUCGAGUUCCUCUCGGUGCUGCCGGAAGAGGUCUCGACCAACCACCGCAUCCCGCUGAGCAACGCGGCGUACCACGAGCGUGUGCCGCAGCUGCUCACGCAGCAGUCUGCCACGGUGCUGGAGGUGCUCUCGAUGUACAUCCAGGCACCGGGCGUCACACCGGCCAUCCAGGAAACCAUCUUUCACUGCCUUCGCAGCUGGCUCAAGGCAGGCGAAGUGUCCGCGACGCAGAUGGCCAGCACGCCGCUGCUGCAGUUUGCGUUUGAUGCACUGCAGUCCGAUGCACUGUUUGACGUGGCGGUCGAUGUGCUCUGCGACCUGAUCCACGAGACACAGGAGAUCGACGACAACCGCGACGUGAUCGAAACGCUCCUGCCGCGCAUCGAGGCGCUGCGGCCGGCGCUGAUGCAGGCCGGCGAAGACGAGGACCGCGUACGUGGGCUGUGCCGCAUCUUUGUGCAGGCUGGCGAGACCUACCACACGCUCUUUCUGCAGCACGCCAGUGCGCUGCUGCCGAUCGUCCAGGCGGCGCUCGAGUGUGCGUCGUACCAUGAUCUGGACAUUGUCCAGAUCACCUUUCGGUUCUGGUACCUGCUCGCGACGCAUGUGCACAAGGCGAUUGACGCGGGCGAUCCGGCCGCAGCGCCGUUCCGCCAGACGUACGAGCAGCUGUUUGCCAUCAUCAUCCGUCACCUCCGCUUCCCGGACGAGGAGCUUAGUGGCCAGGAGCGCGACGAUUUCCGCUCCUUCCGCCACUACAUGGGCGAUACGCUGAAGGACUGCUGCUAUGUACUUGGUGCUGAGGCGUGCCUCGAACGCUCGCUGCAGAUGAUCGAGUCGGCGCUCGCCGAAGAGUCGCCGUCGCUGCGCUGGCAGGAUAUCGAGGCGCCGCUCUUCUCCAUGCGCUCGAUGGGCGCGCAGGUCGACCUUCGCGAAGACAAGGUGAUCCCGCGCGUGUUUGCCAUUGUUCCCCAACUCCCCCCGCAUCCCCGCCUGCGGUACGCCGGUCUUUUGGUACUCUCGCGCUACACAGAGUGGGUCGAGCAGCACCCCGAGCGCAUCCCCGAGGUGCUCACCUUUAUCACGACCGGCUUCGACCCGACCAACAAGGAGAUUUCGGCAGCCGCGGCGCAAGCGAUGAACUUUUUGUGCCAGGAUUGCUGCGAACACCUUGCGCCCUAUCUCCCGCAGCUCUGCGAGUUCUUCAAGAGCGUGCAGGAGCAGCUGAGCGUCGAUGACUCGCUCGCCGUCGCCGAGGCGAUCGCGCACGUCAUUGCGAGCAUGCCGCCGCAGCAGGCGACCGAGUCGCUCUUGCGCUUUACGCAGCCGCUCCUCGAGAACGUGCACCAGGUCACGCUCCUGCCGUCGGCAGGCAAGCCGGAGCUGAUGCGCGCGGCCGACCGCAUGGAGCAGCUCGCGCGCAUCCUCCAAGUGAUCGGGGUCUCGUUCGCCAGCGCGCUGCCCGAGUCGUGCGCCGCAACGUGCUCAGAGGCGUACGCGAUCCUCGAUCGGCUCCUGCAGCAGCACGGCGACGCGUACUUUAUCUCGGAGCGCACCUCGUCGCUGGUGCGCCGCGCGCUCCUCUUCUUUGGUGCGCGCGCCGAGCCGACGCUCCCGGCGCUGCUCGAGCGCUUUGCGGGCUGCUUUGAAAGCACGGGCUACUCGGGCUACGUGUGGAUCGUCGGCAAGUCCAUCGACCAGUUUGGGCACCAGGCGACCCCGCCGCUGCUCGGCCUGCUCGCGCAGGCCUUUGAGCGCGUCUCGAGCAAGGUGAUCCAGCUGCUGCAGACGCAGCCGCCCGACCAGCUCGGCGACGUGCUCGACGACUACCUGCACACGUGCCUCGUCGCGGUGCAGACCGCGCCGAGCGUGCUGAUCGCCUCGCCCGUCUUUCCGCACGCGGUGCAGACGGCAGUCGUCGCACUGCACGCGGUGGCGCCGGCCGUGCACGGCAUCGCGUCGGAUGUGCUUCGCGCGCUGUUUGAGUUCCCCGCGUCGCAGGUCGGGGCCGCGUACGCCGCGCCGAUUGCCCAGGUCGCUUCCGACCAGGGCUUUGCGGUGUGCCAGGCGAUGCUCCAAGGCCUCGUGACGCACUUCCCCCCGGAAAACAUGCCGGUGGUUGUCGCGACGGUGCGUGCACUGCAGCCGCUGUGCCCCGAGCAGCUCGUGCCGUGGCUCGCGGCGGCGGCCGAGCAGCUCCCGACGAGCGCCAUAUCGAAAGAGGACGCACAGCGCUUCCUUGCGAGCCUGCCCAGCGCCGCGCAGUCGCCCGAGCAGCUCAAGCCGAGCCUCGUGAUCCUGUACGGCGCCUCGCGCAAGUCGCGCGAGCGAGCGCGGCUCGAUAAGGAGACGAUAGGCGAUACGUAG